AUGAGUGGUCACUUCAGCCCUGGGAGUUGUGGAAAGGUGCUGGUGUGGCCCACAGAAUACAGCCAUUGGAUCAACAUGAUGACCAUCCUGGAUGCACUUGUCCAGAGAGGUCAUGAAGUGACUGUUCUGACAUCUUCAGCUUCAAUUCUUGUUGAUCUCAAUAAGCCAUCUGCUAUUCAAUUUGAGGUUUUUCCUACAUCUUUAACAAAAGAUGAUAUGGUUUCUUUUUUCAUGCAGUUGAUCAAUAAAUGGACAUAUGAUAUGCCAAAAGAUACAUUUUGGACACAUUUUUCACUAAUGCAAGAAAUGUUUUUGGAAGGUUCUGACUUUGUUGAAAAACUCUGUAAAGAUGCUGUUUUUAAUAAGAAACUUAUGAGAAAACUACAGGAAUCAAGGUUUGAUGCCGUUCUUGCAGAUGCCGUUGGACCCUGUGGUGAGCUGCUGGCUGAGCUACUUAAAAUACCUUUUGUGUACAGUCUCCAUGUCUCUCCUGGCUAUAAAAUUGAAAAGAAUAGUGGAGGACUGCCAUUCCCUCCAUCCCACAUACCUGUUGUCUUUUCAGAAUAA